UUUGUUCUUUAAGUUCGGCCUGUUCUGUGCGUGUGUGUGACCCUCUACCGCCCAAUUUCGAUUUUUUCUUCAACAAAACUUUCUACAAUAGUGCAACCGAUUACUAAUUCAUCGGAAAAAACAUUAGGAUUAUUGUGUUUAGUGACAAAUAAACAAAAAAAUCAAGGACAUCUAAAUUAAAAAUUGUAAACGCGAGAAAGCAGGCGCGCCUGAGUACAGUGGCGCCUCGCAAUACUUGCGUCAUCAACUUUUAUAGGGGCUUUGUUCUUGCUUUGCAACAAUUUAUAAAAUCCAAUUCGCAAUUUGAAUAGACGAUGUCCGAGGCCGAGAAUGAGCGCUGAGAAUCAGCCUACUAUCGCUAUCAAACCCGAAUACGUCGUCGAGAACCCACCGUUACAGGAUCAACAAGGCGACCUCCUCAAACCAGUACCGCCAUCGCCGUUGGCCCUUCUGGCGGCCACUUGCAGUCGAAUCGGCGACAUUCCUGCGCAUCACAUACAACUAUCGAGCAACGGAACCGUCACCAUGUCCACGACUCCAACGCCGCAGAACCAAAUCAAGCAACAACAGCAAGGCGUCACUGUGCAGCAGGCUGCGCAACAACAACAACAGCAACAACAACAACAACAGCCACAGGUCGUGAGUGUCCCAGUGGGCGGCGUGACGGCUCAACAAUUGCAGCAACAGCUGCUGCAGCAACAGGCCGCCAAUCUGGUGGCGGCCGGACAAAAUUUGGCGGGCUACAGCGUCGUGCAGGCGCCGACCGGCGUCCAGGCGCUGAGCGUCGACGGACAAGAAGCCAUUUUUAUACCGAUGAGUUUGGCCGGUGGACAACAGCACCAACAAAUUUUCAGUCCCGGUCAAAUAAUCAGGACUCCAACAGGUGUUUUGAACAAUCAAGCAAACCACUUACCAACCACGGUGCAGCUUUCAAAUGGACAAAGUGUACAGGUACGACAGGCGCAGCCCCAAGUGUUCCAGUUUCCGAUGCAGCAAACCAUACCCAUACAAGUACCCAUUUCGUCCGGAAACGGACAAACCGUCUAUCAGACUAUACAUUUUCCUGUGCAAUUAGCAGCCACUGCUGCCGUUCCCAAUAUAAUCCAGGCUCAGCCCCAAUUGAUACCCCAAAUGGCCAGUAUUUUGACCCCGUCUGGGCAAAUACAACAGAUACAAAUCGCCUCAUCGAUACCUCAACAACAGCAGCAGCAACAACAGCAACAGGCCCAAGUCCAGGUGCCCACUUCUGUUGCUCAACAAGUUGUUACUGCUGGAGAUGGAAGUGGACAACUUACAUUUACAGCUGCUAACGGACAACAGUUUACCCUUCCAGUGUCCAACUUGCAAAAUCUGCAACAAGUUAGGACGCUUGGCAACAUUGGCGGACUUGGCAACAUUAUCCAGAUACCGAAUAUCCAAACUAUGCCCACCAUCCAAAAUAUUCCAGGAAUCGGCAAUGUCCAAGUGAUCUCUCAACCGCAAAUAGCCGUCGGCCAGCAUAUCCAACAAGACCCCACCGACCCGACCAAAUGGCAAAUCAUACCUCAGCAAGUCACUACUCAGCAGGCGGCGCCGCAACCAACACAAAUCGGCACGCCGAUCAGCGUCAGCACCGUCGAAGCGCAGCCCGCGCCGUCGCCGUCCGCUUCUGAUAUCACGCAAAACGGCGAACAGAAGCAGCGCGUCAGACGCGUAGCGUGUACCUGCCCUAAUUGUCAGGAAGGCGAAAGGCAUUCGGAUAGGAAGAAACAGCACAUUUGCCACAUACCUGGUUGUAAUAAGGUUUAUGGAAAAACUAGUCAUUUAAGGGCUCAUUUACGAUGGCACACCGGCGAAAGACCUUUCGUGUGCACCUGGCUGUUUUGCGGCAAACGAUUCACCAGAUCUGACGAAUUGCAACGGCACAGGCGCACUCACACCGGAGAAAAACGGUUUCAGUGCAAUGAAUGCAACAAGAAGUUUAUGAGAUCUGAUCAUUUAUCAAAGCAUUUGAAAACGCAUCAGAAACAACAUAUGAAGCAAGACAAAGAUCAAGACGACGAAGAAGUUUGGGAAGUGCAAGACGAAUCAGAACCUCAGCAAGAAGAACAAAAGCCUCAGCCAGUUUGGAUAACCGAUAGCAAAAAUAACAUCAAAUAUGCCAUCACUCAUUUGAACUACUCUCAAGAAGCGACUCCAACCACUCAACAAUCAGUUUCUUCAGACAGUUCGAGUAAUGAAGAAAAAAUGAUGAUUACAAUUAGUGCAGCUGACGCUGACGAUCUCAUAAUUGCCGACUCUUUGGAUAGCUGAGAAGACGCCUCCGUUUACAUAGUGAACACUCAACUCAAUUAGACAGAUAAUAAUUUUUAAUGUAUCUAAAGCUUUGGUUCGUUUAAGAACCCAAUAACCCUUUUCACAUGACUCCGGUUUAACAAACCGCAACAUACCGCUCAAAUUCGAGUGGUAGGUAUCCAUCACGUCACUUUGUAACCGGGUUAGAAAACGGUAUGUCAUUUUUCUAACCGUUUUGUAACCCGGUUGGUUAAACUGGAGCCACGUGAAAAGAACUAUUUGUAUAGUAUAAUUAAAAAAAUAAGGCUGUGAUCGAUUAUAUUGAAUUUUUUAAUUAGGCCUUCUGUAUUGGUUGGUAACAUUUGACCAAGUAGCAAAAAAUUAGUUUAUUUUACUUUUAUAAUAGAGAGUUAUUGGAACUAUUAAAUACUGCCACGCAGUAUUAAGGAUCUACGUUAUUUCAUUAGUGCAUCAGCACUAUUUUUCCAAGAAAAAACAGUUAUUGGAAGUGUCUAGUAGGUGCUAGAGUAUUACCUUAUUUUGUAUUCAUAAUUUUGACAGCUGAUAGUUAUGUUUAUAAAUUUCAGCCUCAAAAAGUGUUUUAUUUUUGUUUGUGAUUUUCUGCUGAUACCCAUUUUUUGAUGUUACCCACAGUAAAAUGGAAAACUAUUAUAAAAAAUAAAUUUUCUAAGUAAAAUUACGUCAUCGUCGAAAAGCGAAACGUCAAAGUCGUCCAAAAUGUCAGAAAUUUGAAAUAAGGGAAGUUUACUGCCUCGCACUAACCAUGCACAAAUAAAGACAAGCAGUAACCUUAAUAAGGGAAUCCUUAAUUUCGGAGCCAAAUGCGCAUGCGUAGAUGUCAAAAUAAGGCUAAUUUGAAUACUGCUUGUCCUUAUUGCACGUCCAAUAACUCUCUAAUAUGUAUAGGAACUUAUUCCAGUUUUAGUUUGUAAAUAUGUAUUGUAUGUAAACAGAGUUAAAUAUACUUGAAUUAAGUUUCAA